CCCUAUCACGUACCGCCUACAUGUAACACCACACUAUUGGCAACUGCCCGGCUCGAAAAUGGCUCCACAGUGCUUCCGUUUGGCAGUGUCGGAAAUAACGUUUCAUUCACCAUAGCAACGACUUGCCAAUGGAAACCCGAGGAGUCGCUAUUGGGAGGUGGAAAAACAGCAUCGGGAACCCUCAACAUCUAGAUUCUAUGGACUGGAAUAAUCAAGUGAAUGGAACUGAAAAUCUCUUUAGUCGUGUGGCCAAAUUAAUGGAUUAUGUGGAUCAUGAAGAGGACAAUUAUAAUUCUGAGCAGGACUUGCAAGAAAAACUGCAAGCACUUAAGAUUAGGAACGGGCUCUAUUUGUCGGAGUUAAACAGUCUUUAUCAGGCUUAUUCAAAGACCUCACAGACCAGUAAAGACUUUGCACUUGAAGAUAUAUUUGCAAAUAAUGAAACUUGUAAUCGUGUGCCCAAAUCUCUAAAAGCAUCUGAUAAUGUAGAGCAGAAAGCCCCAAAAUCUAAAGAAGCUACAAAAGCCCAUGACUUUGAAGUCACAGUGCCUAGGCCAUUCCAAAUGACUCUGCGAGAAGCAGACAGGAAGAUUAAACUCAAUUUAGAUGCCUUUUGCAACAUGGACACCACCAUAGAUACUGAGAGUAUGGAAGAUCCAGAAUGCCUGAAACAGUUCCGUGCUCAGCCAGUUCCAAGUAAGGUAUUUAUGCCUCUGUACGAUGAGUUGGUGGAGGAACAUGAGGCCAAGAGAAAAGCCCACAUCUUAAAAAGAAAAGAACUCCUGUUAUCCACACAAAAGCCAUUUAGGUUUCUUACAAAGGAAGAAGAAAGAAAGAAGAAAACAGUACUAAGAUCUGAAACAGCACCUCCGGGACAACAACAACAGCAGCGUAUCAAAUGUAAUUCUUACAGAACUAUUCUUGAUCCAGCACUCAGUGACAAACUAAAAGAGACUGAAUUACUGAGGAAAAUCAACAGUCAAAUUAGAGCCAAAGAUAUGCUUGAAAAUUCAGCAGCUCCUAUCCCUGUGACCAGGAGAGAAAGAGACCCACAAACAAGUACUUUGCUAAAAACAAAACAAGAACAUCUGGGGUACUUGCAGCAAAACCUCACUUUCCAACCUAACAUAAAUACAGCAGUUCCUGACUUCCAAAAACUCUAUAAAAUGUUCCAAAGGGAAUCACUGCUGAAUCAGAAUGUAAAAGAACCCACCCGAAAUAAGCCAUUCACCUUGCACACCUCAAGACGGUCUGAACAAAGGAAACAGAGGCAAACACCUAUGGAAGCUUCAGCUGAUUCCAAGACACCAAGCAGAAGCAUUUCUAACAUGGACCUAUCCAGCCUGUCCCUAAAUACACUUCCUGUAUACAUAACAGACAGCACCAACAGGAGAAAAUUGGCGAUAAGGUCUUCAUUAGAAGAAAAACACCAUCAAAAUACUAAAAGUGCUGAAUGGUCAAAGAAGCAGAAGAAGAAGGGUCAAUUGACACAACGAUCCCUCUCCAGACGAGCAAAAGCACUUGAUCCUCACCUGUCACUUGCAGAUACAAUCAAGGAUAAGCUGAAUUACAAUCGCCAAUCAGAUCUAAGGAGAGCAAAAGAAUACAGGGAGGAGCUGGAACAAAUGAAAAGCAGAGUGAAAGAAAGACCAUACCUAUUUGAACAUGUCACAAAGAGAAAUGCAGUGAAGAAGGUAGAGCAGAAAUUUAAAUGCACAUUGCAAGAGGCUGGGAUAACAGAGGAGUUUGUGCAACAUAAAGGAGGAGUCCAUGAAAAUGCAACUAAAAAGGAAUCAAUCCAAGAAGAAACCUGGGAGGAACACUAGCAGAAUUGCUGACUGCAGAGCUUGACUGUUUAAAAAAUUCAGCAGAAAGAUGAAAUUCAUUAAGAAGUGGUUUGCUGUUUAGGAAUUCAUAUUUGUGAACUUAUCUAUAUUGUUAAAAAUGCAUUAAUUAACUACAUGUUGCUGACACAAGUAAUUUACUAUAAAGUUAGAGGUUGUUCUAAA